CUUGAUUAUUUGGAUGCGCGCGCAUCGACAGGCCGCCAUCUUUAAUAUCACAUGACCCUCUUUACGUGUCCCGUGACCAGCUCACGUGAAUUUUGACAAAAUUCAAACAUUUUUUGGUCGGGGACAAUGGAUAUGUUGGAGCAACAUCUUAAUCAACAGGAUGUCAGUUCUGUUACCCAUAAAGACGAAGAUGGAACAGGAAUUGUCAUUGAGGAAGCGGAAAUAGUCGAUUGUGAUGGAGACGCUGUUACUGAUGAUGGAAUGCGUUAUCAAGAAAGUCUUACUUAUCGUGUUGUCCAAGUAAAUGGAGCUGCACCUGGAAGUGAAAUGGAACUUCCUGUAAAUCAAACCGGAACUAAUACGGUUCAAGUUUUAACAUCGCCUCUUAAUGGUCAAUUUUAUGUAAUUGGAAACGCGAAUGACGUUUUUACAACAGCUCAAACUUCAAGAUCUCUCGCUCCCAGGACAGCGACACUACAAUUAGAAACACCUCGAACAUCUUCCACGGGAUUAAAAAAAAGAGAUGAUAGACGAAGAGCAACCCACAACGAAGUCGAACGUAGGAGAAGAGAUAAAAUUAAUAAUUGGAUUGCGAAAUUAGGAAAAAUUAUUCCUGAGUGCAAUUCUCAUUCUAAUAGUAAUGGAAAUGGGAGCAGUGGAGAAGGGAAAACAAAUUAUGAGACUCAGAGCAAAGGCGGAAUUUUAGCUAAAGCUUGUGAGUAUAUAGGAGAAUUAAGAACUGCAAAUCAAAGUCUAGGUCAGUGUUUAAGGGACAACGAAAGAUUGAGACAAGAAGUUGUAGAUUUAAAGCAACUUGUAAUGGAGUUAAAACGAGAAAACCUUCAGCUUAGAUCGCAAUUGACGUCCAAUCCAUCUAAUUCGGAAAUCGCUCAUAUAAGUCCUUGAACAAAAACAAACAAAAAAUUGGUUUGCUUCUUUUCUCUGUAAAUAAUUCAAUAGCGGCAAUUUUUCAAUUUAUUUAGCAUAGCAAAUUAGAUUAUUAUUAUUUUCGUUACGAAAGCCAAGGGAUAUAUUCGACUUUCAGAGAGAAAAAAAACUGCUGUCGCAAGAGUUUAUUAUAUACAUAUAUAUAUAUAUAUUCGAAGCGAUUUUAAUAUGUGUGAAUCGAAAGCAAAAAAAAUGAGAUAAGGCUGUGAAUAUCGAAUGCCGAUUUGCGUUACUCUAUGAGCAGUACAAAUCCAAUUUCAGAUAUCGUUUAUCAUGAGGCUUUAUUUGCCAUUAGAUGGACAUCAUGGUAAAAGUCUAGUAGGCCAUCGGCUUUUCAAAUCAAUUGCAUAUUUUUAUUUUUCUUACUGUUGAAAAGCAGUUAAAUAUUUUUAGAUAAACAAAUUAUUAGGACUGAGCAAAUUUAGAAAUGUAGUUCAAAUACUUACAUAAAAAAAAGAAGAAAAGAAAGAUUAUGUAAAGAAACAAAUUAUAUGACGAGACAAUAGAGAGAAAAAGUCGAAAUAUAAAAAAGAAAAAAAAAUUAUCAAAACCUGUGUGCCAUUGGAAUAUCACAAGCCUAAGGUUUUAAAUUCGUAUCGAGAUAAAAUUAUAAAACUUCAAAGUUAUUCAGAUUUAACUUGUUGAUACAUCAUUCAAGUGUAUGUAAUUACAUGUACAUAAAUAUAUAUGUAAUUCUUACAUGUGUAUAUUUCGGUGAAGUAAUAUAGAUAUAUUGAUUUUAUUAACAAUAAACGUUCUUUAGCGUUUUUGGAUUUCUUUUUUUUGAUUGUUAAAUAUUUAGGAAAAACUUUAUUUGACUACAAGGAAGUAACAAAAUAGCUUUUUUAGUAUGAUGAAUUUUAUGAGCACGUACUAUUAUAGUAAGAAUUUUUCUUUUCUAUAAAAGCAAGGGACAUCAUAUUAUAAAACGUAGAUUUUUAUUUCCUUGUAAUCAUUGUAAAAUCAUUUAAAAAAAUAUUUUUAACUCUCUUUUUGAUGUUUUUAUGUAUUAAUUUUCAAAAUUUCAAAAAAAAAAUAUUUAAUCAUUUUCAGGACAGGGUACAUAAUUAUUUGUUUAAAUGUUUGUUAAUGUUAUUUUUUGUUAUUCUAAUAAGGUUUCGAUUAUAAAAAAAAUAACAACAAACAAUUUUUUCUCCCAAACGCAGAAUAAAAAAAUAGUAAAUUUAUUUUUUUGAAAAAUAGAUUAAUAAUUUUAUAGUUUUUAAUUAUAUAAUGAAAGAAAAAUUGUAAAUUUGUUACACAAAAGUGUUAGGAGAAAUCAUUUUGGAUUCUUAAUAGUUUUAUUCACGUGAUGUUUUUAUUUGACAUAAAUUUACGUUGAUAUUUAUGUUCUUUUCAAAAAUACACAUAAAUAUACAUAAUGUAUAUGUAUUAUAUAUAAAUAAAAUAUUUUCUUUGUAUCAAUGCGACAUCAAAAAUACAAGGCAAUUAAAAUGAUGGAUCGAAAUAUGUAUUAUAUCGUUAAUGUAUAUAUUGCGGGGUUAUUGUUAUAUUAUUAUUAAAAUGAAAUUUAAAAAUU